CAACCAGGGGAGGAGGCGGCGGCGGCGGCGGCCGAGGAGGCUGAGGCAGGAGCAGUGGAGGCAGCGGCGGGGACGGAGCCGGAGCUCGAGUCAGGCAGCUAGCGGAGCCGAGGAGGAGAAGGAGCAGAAGGAGGAGGAGGAGGAAGAGCCGGAGCCAGCGGCAGCGACAGAGAAGGCGGCGGAGGAACCGAAGUCGAGGCCGGGGCAGCACCGGGGCCGCCGGGGAGGGGGCGCGGGGAGGGCCCGGCUUGGCUCGGCUUCGCGGCCCGCGGCGGGCCAUGAGCUCUUAGGCCCCGGCCCCCUCCCCGAGACCCCGACCUGGUCAAGGCCGGUCCGAGCAGCCGCAGCCCGAGCAGCAGCAGCAGCAGCAGUGGUAGUAGCAGCAGCAGCAAUAGUAGCAGCAGCAGCAGCAGCAGCAGCAUUAGCAGCAGUAGCAGCAGCAGCAGCAGCAGUAGCAGCCUGAGCUCGGGGCCGAGGGGCUCGAGAAGGCGGCCAUGGCGUCCAACAUGGACCGGGAGAUGAUCCUGGCCGACUUUCAGGCUUGUACUGGCAUCGAAAACAUUGAUGAAGCCAUUACGUUGCUUGAACAGAAUAACUGGGACUUGGUGGCAGCUAUCAAUGGUGUAAUCCCACAAGAAAAUGGCAUUCUCCAAAGCGAAUAUGGAGGGGAGACUGGACAGGGACCAGCAUAUGGACCAGUCAGUCAUUCUGCAGCUUCUGCUUCAGCACCUUCUUCUUCAGCAUUUCGACCAGUCGUGCCAUCCAGACAGAUUGUGGAGAGACAGCCACGAAUGUUGGACUUCAGGGUGGAGUACAGAGACCGCAAUGUAGAUGUAGUCCUGGAAGAUAGCUGCACCGUUGGAGAGAUCAAACAGAUUCUAGAAAAUGAACUCCAGAUUCCUGUAUCUAAAAUGCUAUUAAAAGGCUGGAAGACUGGAGAUGUAGAAGACAGUACGGUCUUAAAAACUCUACACUUGCCAAAAAACAACAGUCUUUAUGUCCUCACACCUGACUUGCCACCGCCUUCCUCGAGUCAUGCUGGUGCCCUGCAGGAGUCAUUAAAUCAGAACUUCAUGCUGAUUGUCACCCAUCGAGAAGUCCAGCGGGAGUACAGCUUGAACUUCUCGGGAAGCAGUACCAUCCAGGAGGUAAAAAGGAAUGUAUAUGACCUUACUAGUAUCCCUGUUCGUCAUCAGUUAUGGGAAGGCUGGCCACCUUCAGCUACAGAUGACUCAAUGUGCCUCGUGGCAGCGGGGCUCACCUACCCUUGUCACCAGCUCACAGUGGGGAGACGGUCUUCACCAACACAAGCUCGGGAAGAGUCAGAAGAGCAGUGCACCGAUGUUCACAUGGUUAGUGACAGUGAUGGCGACGACUUUGAAGAUGCUCCUGAAUUUGGAGUGGAUGAUGGAGAGAUGUUCGGUAUUGCAUCCUCUGCACUGCGAAAAUCACCAAUGAUGCCCGAAAAUGCAGAAAAUGAAGGGGAUGCCUUAUUACAAUUUACAGCUGAGUUUUCUUCAAGAUAUGGAGACUGCCAUCCUGUUUAUUUUAUUGGAUCACUUGAAGCUGCUUUCCAAGAAGCCUUCUAUGGGAAAGCCCGAGAUAGAAAGCUCCUGGCUAUCUACCUCCACCAUGAUGAAAGUGUUUUAACCAACGUCUUCUGCUCACAAAUGCUCUGUGCUGAAUCCAUUGUCUCUUAUCUGAGUCAGAAUUUCAUAACCUGGGCAUGGGAUAUGACAAAAGAAGCUAACAGAGCAAGGUUUCUGACGAUGUGCACGAGGCAUUUUGGCAGCGUGGUGGCCCAGACCAUUCGAACUCAAAAGACAGACCAGUUUCCACUUUUCCUCAUCAUCAUGGGAAAACGCUCGUCAAAUGAAGUGUUAAAUGUAAUUCAAGGUAACACAACAGUGGACGAGCUCAUGAUGAGGCUGAUGGCUGCAGUGGAGAUCUUCAUGGCCCAACAGCAGGAAGACAUAAAGGAUGAGGAUGAGCGUGAAGCACGAGAGAACAUGAAGAGGGAGCAAGAUGAGGCUUAUCGUCUGUCACUUGAAGCUGACCGGGCUAAGAGGGAAGCCCACGAGAGAGAAGUAGCUGAACAGUCUCGUUUGGAGCAGAUGCGGAAAGAACAGGAAGAGGAGCGGGAGGCUAUCCGGCUAUCCUUGGAACAGUCUCUGCCUCCAGAACCCAAAGAAGAGAGCACGGAGCCCGUGAGUAAGCUCCGGAUCCGAACGCCCAGCGGGGAGUUUCUGGAGCGGCGCUUCCUGGCCAGCAGCCAGCUACGAGUUGUCUUCGAUUUUGUGGCCUCCAAAGGCUUUCCCUGGGAUGAGUUCAAGUUGCUGAGCACGUUUCCCCGGAGAGACGUCACUCAGCUGGACCCCAACAAGUCAUUACUGGAGGUAAAGCUAUUUCCUCAAGAAACCCUUUUCCUGGAAGCAAAAGAAUAGCGGGAAGCUGACCGUCAGACUGGCCGUUCCUUGACAGGCCCACGGCCCCACGUCGAGAGAAACGCUUCUCUUCUCCAAACCGCCCUACCCUGUCACCCAACUCCACUCAGUGUCUCACACCUCUCUGCCUCUUGCAAGAAUCUUGGAAAGAAUAAUAAACGUAGCUACAUAAAGUUUCCCAUCCAUGAGUAUAUGUUUUCAGCCCUUGCUGCACAAGCAGAGGAGAAUGUUCUACCACGAACACUUUCCCAGCCCAGUCCCUGCAGCAUUUGUCCUAGAAUUAAUGCACCAUUCAUAUGUGAGUGAUUGUUAGUAGAAUUCUGAUGCUUCUGAUCCUCUCCCCCUCCCCCAGCCCAACCCCACGAAGUCUCGGAUGAGGCCGUCUCCCCUCUUGCCAUUUAGAAUGCUGUAUCUUUGACAAGUCUCAUCGAGCCAGGCCUCUAACCCAUGCAUCUGACUGCAUCUCCAGGUCUGAAUUCUGACUGUCCCUUAAGUUAAGGAGGCGGGAGAAGAGUUUCCCCACCCCCACCCCCCAGCUCCCCCGGAGAUCUCCAUGGGAUGCUGUGUUCUCAGCCUCAGAGACGAGACAGUGUUGUAGAGGAAGGCCCUGGACUUCCCUCCAGCCUUCUCUGACUUCUUUGAUGAGGUGUAAGGUUUUGUUUGAAGAAUAGAGUUUGAGAUAUAUGCAAGAUAUUUAUUUUCCAGCUCUGCUUUGGACCCUACUCCUGAUUCAGUGUAGAAAGUCUUUUCCAUUAUGUUGCGGUGUGUGAACCUGCCACAGUUGUGCAUGAUGUGAAUAUUUAAAUACUCUGAGAAGGCAGCCCGUACCCAUCCCCCAGCACCUGCCGAUCCGGGAGGCGUCUGGGGAUCGGACCUCCCGAAGACCAGGCCCAAGCCUUUGGCGCUCACCACGGAUGGACACGGUCCUCCCGGCCUCGCUCCCCUCCUUCCCUUUUCUUUUCCCCCUUCACUCCACCGCCCACCUGAAUCUCCUUGUUCCCGGGUUCAGAAGCCCUUUGUCUGUGUCACCAGCAAACACCGUGCACACGCAGCCUUAGUGUACACACAGUGUGACAAGGAAGUCCUGGCUUCGUUCCGCUCGACACGGGAGGAUCGCUCAGACGGCGGAUUCCCACUCGCAAGUACAAGAAGUGGUUCCCGGCAUCUCCGACGCAGCGCUUCUGGCGCCUGGCGGGAGCGGACCGUCUCCUCCUCUUUACCUGAAUCGGCUCAGCUCCGAAGACGCUCGUCGUCUGAACCUGCGGAUAAACAGUUUUGACGUAUUUUAUUUAAUCAGCAAGCUUAAGGGUUUGGUGAAUUGAAUGCACUAUCCAAGCAUCUACUGUGAUUCAAACUUUUUUUUUAAUCCUGGAAUACUUUUCACAUCUGUUUUUAUGUAACUCAUGAUAGCCAAGGUCCUGAUUUGAAUAAUCUCAACUCCAAAGAAAACUGUCCACCUUUAGGCUUUCCCGCUGCCUCACCUGGGUCUUCAGUCGUAACCCCCACCCAAGUGGUCGCGGAGCCUGGGUCCUCGCCCCCCGCCGCCAGGGCAGGUGUCGGCGUGGCCAGACCUGAGUCCAGAGAGGCGUCUGCCGGGGACCCGCCUUCCGCAGCCCCUUCUCCGGCCGCGGAGGUGAGAGAGCACCCGCUUGCACCUGGCCAGAAGAAGGGCCGUGGCAACACAAGUGGGGAGUUGAGGCGUUUUGCUGCCGACCCUUCUCCUGCCUUCCCAGACCAAGGGUUUCCCACUUCCAAAUGACACGACGGGACUCGCCUAGAAGUAUUAGCGUCAUUCUCACUUCAAGAGGUCUGUCCAUCAUCCCUGGGUUCCUGGGGCCGGCCUGCCCCUUCUCACUUGGACUGAGCCCGUAGUGGGUUCCCUUCUCCCUCCGUCUGUUGCAGUGUGGAUCUCAGCUUCCAUGGUUCUGUCAGUGCCCCUGUCCUCACAAAAUGUCCUUAACGCAAUCGCUGCUUUUGUAUUAGAACGUAAAGAGCUUGUCCGUGCCGAGGGCCUCCUCGCGGGGGAGGCGUUCUGUCGCUGGCUCUCGAAAGCUGGAAUGGUUUGCAGCAUUGCUGUGCUAAGUCUCCAUUAGAUAUGAUGUAAAUCCCCAACAUUUCAUCAUCUGUAUUGUAUUUAUCCAAACUUGGAGUUGAACGAGGGCGUUUUUUUUAUGGAACUAUGUUUUUUAAUGUAGCAGAAUGGGACUUUGGCGUUCCUAAAUUGUACCUUUUCGGUGACAUUAGAAACAUAAAAUAAAUUUGCAGUUACACUAAAGUCGCUACUAAAAUGUACUUUACCUACUACACCUAAACCACGGCAUGACUCCUCCCACCCAGGUGGGCGCCAGACAGGUCACAGCUACAGGGAUGCGGCAGUGAGGCAGGAGCGUCCCCCAAAGCCCCGAGCCCCGUGCGUUCUGGGAGCAGGCGUGCUGGUUGUGCACGUCGGGCUCAGCGUGGGGGGCGGAGAGAGCAAACGAAGCAGUCCCUGCUCCCCGCUCGAACCUCCGGGGGCUUGUGCUCGUGGCCCGUGGGGCCAGCUCUGCGCAGGGUAGGUUGGUGGAGGGAGAGGCCCUCGGGAGAGAAGGCAUUUAAGCCGGACCUCCGGGAAAGCUGGCGCUUACCCAGGGGGACCGCGCAGAGAACCCCGGAGCCAAGAAGAUGCGGAUUUAUGUCCGGCCUCGGAGACUCACUAGCUGUGUGCUUCUGGCUGAGUCACUUAACCUCUGUUUGCCUCAUGGUCUCCAUCUGUAAAAUGGGGAUAAUUGUAGCACUGACCUUGGAGGAUCAAAAGGAUACCAAUUGUUAAGCUCUUAGCCCGGCUCCCGGCACAUAGUAAGCACCAUCUAAACGCUAGCUGUCAUCAUUAUUGUGAUUAAGGCAAAAGUAAAAGGAUCCACGAUGGGAAGAGACUUGUUCCUUCUGUCAGCCGAGCCUCCCAGGUGCCGCCCCCACCCACCCCGCUGACCAAGGCCCACGGUCCCGAACUCCAGAUCCAGCCUCGCUUUCAAGCCAAGCCUUGGGUCGGAGGCAGGGAGCAGGGCCGGGACAGCUGUCUUCAAAGCAUUUGAAAGGUCGCCAUCCAAAUGUGACUUUUCCUGCUUGGGCCUGUGGGGCACACCUAGGAGCAGAAUGGGCAGGAUGUCAGGAAAGCUGCCCACAGCUGGAGUGGGUUGCUUUAGGAGGCAGCAAGCCCUCUCCAGCAGGCAGCUGGGGUGACCUUUCAGCCUGUCUUGUCCAGCCUAAAAUAGGGGGUCUCUGAGGCCCCUCCCAGUUGUGAUACACUGGCGUGCGGCAUUACAUUUCUUUAAGAGGCUCACUUGGUCGCAUUUACAUUUAAAGACAAUUUCCCCAAGAGGGGCCUUGCUGCUUUCCACAUUACUCCAAGAGGCUCCAGAAGCUCUCCUGGAGAUGGCUCAGUCCUGGGAGCGCGCCGAGGCCGCCCCACUGGGUAGCGUUGGAGGAUGCUGCCAUCCAUCAGCCGAAGAGGCAUCCCCUCAACUCUCCGGAGGGUCAGCUGCCGGAGCUCCUUAAACCACUGUCCCCCCCCAGAACAGAUGUUGGGCCGCGACUGGCCCCCUUCCUCUACCUAGCAAAUCGGAAUCUUCUAGGGAAUAGGGUGAUCAGCUGGCUGAACCCCCCAAAUAAGCACAAUUUCACAUCAGAGAGAGGGAGAGAUUGAAUGAAAACCAGCAAGCUUCUGGUCUUAGAAGGGAACACACUCAGCCCAGGACAAGGAUGCAAACCCAUCAACAAUUUCGAUACAUUGAGAGCUACUUCUAGCAGUAGCCCUAAAGGUGGGAGAUCCACACCCUUCCCAGAAUAGAGGAUGGAGAUUUGCUCUCCUGGGCCCACAUGGGACUCCUUGAUACCAAGCCGCACAGGCCUCUCGGCUCCAGCAGAGAGAGGGAUCGGGCCUUGUGCUCUUUCAAUGUUGGGCAGCUAGGUAGUGUAGUGGAUAGAGCUCCAGGACUCUGGGCUGAAGUCAGGAGGACCUGAGUUCAAAUCUGUCUCAGACAAGUAACACUUCCUGGCUGUGUGACCCUGAGAGAGUCACUUAGCCCCAACUGCCUCUGCAAAAAAAAAAAAAAAAAAGUUUUAGUGAUUUCAAUCAUUAAAAUAUGUAUUAAGCAUCUCUUACAGGCCAGGCAUUGUGCUAAACUCGGGGAUACCAAAAAGACAAAAGACAUUCUGUGCUCUCAGAGUGCACAGUCUAAUGGAGGAAAAUCUCUGCAAGUUAUAAACAGGAUAAAGUAGAAAUACCCACAGCCGGAAUAGAGCAUUGGGAAAGACUUCCUAGAGAAGGGGGAAUUUUAGCUGGUUCUCCACAAAACCCGAGGGGAGAAAAUAUUCCAGGCACCGGGGAGAGCCAGUGGGAAUCGAGAGAUUUGGUGUCUCGUUCAAAGAACAGCAAAAAGGAUAUUUUCGCUGGAUCACAGAAUAGGAGCAGGGAAUGAGGUGUAAGAACAGGAGGGAGAGGGGAGGGAGUUCAUGAAGGAUUUUGAAUGCCCGUCAUUGGAUUUUACAUCUGAUCUUGAAAGUGAUUGGGAACCACAGGAGUUUACAUUACAAACAUUUACAGAUUCCCGACUCCUUAAGAGGGUGUCUUGCAACAAAACAAAUGAAGCUAAUAAUACAAUGACUUCAUCUGAAAAUGCACACAACGUUCAGCACCCAUACACACUUCUCUAUUUUUUUUUUAAAUUAAAAAGUCUCUCCCUCUCCCACUUCCCUUCUCCAUUGGAAAAAGAAAAACAAACUCUUUGUAACAAAUAUGGACAGUCAAGCAAAACAAAUUCCCUCAACAACUGUAUAUAAAGCUAAUACCCACGUCUCAUUCUACACCCCAAUUUUGUCAUAUCUGUAAUGGACAGUAUGUUUCAUCCAUAGUCCUCUGGAAUCAUGAACAGUCAUUGUAUUGAUCAUAGUUCUUCGAGCUUUCAGAGUUGUUUGUUUUUACAGUGAUGUUGUAUUAUAUAAAUUAUUCUCUUGUUUCUGCUCA